AAGCAAUUGAAAACAUACCCCAUUUUCAAAACAAUUUAUAAAAACACACAUCCAAAAUGUUGAAAAUCAUUAAAGUAUUGACCGUAUUAUUCUGUAUCAUGAAUUUAACUGGGGCCGAAACAGCUGUGAGAAAAUGUGGCCAUGGCGAGUUAAAACCUUUAUCGGUACAAGUGGACUCGUGCACAGAAAUGCCCUGUGAAUUGUGGCGAGGUUUUUCUACAAAUAUAGCCGUACAGUUUGUGUCUACCAAAAAUUCGAUGAGUGAUAUUAAAGCUGAUGUUGAUAUGACUACUUUGGGUAUAGGAAUGCCCUUUGAGGUGUCUGCAGAACGCAAAGAUGUUUGUAAAAAUUUAAUGUUUGGCGCCUAUUGUCCCAUGGAUGAGGGUGAAGAUGCCACCUAUCAUUUGGUGCUGGACAUAGCAGAAUAUCAACCUGAAGUACCGGCUAAAGUACAAGUUUCCAUAAAAGAUGCUAGUGAUGAUACAGUAUUGGCCUGUUUUAUACUGGAUGCCAGAAUUACAAAACGUCAUGGUCCCCUGACACAAUAAAAAUAAAAUUUUAUUUAUUUUUAAAUAGAUAAUAAGAAAUUUAGACUUAAG